AUGGCCACAGCGACUGUAGCGAUCCUCUCCCCAGGAGAGAUGGGUGCUGGUAUUGCCCGUCUGCUGCGGGCCUACAACUUCCGCAUAAUAACGAGCAAUUCCGGUCGUAGUGCCACAGCUUAUGAUUCCUACACGACCGACCGCGCCGCCGCCUGCCACAUCGAAUUUGUUUCCUCGGACGUAGACCUAAUCAACCAGGCCGAUAUUAUCCUGUCUGUUGUGCCACCCUCCGAGUCUCUGCCCACCGCCCGGCGAGUGGGCUACGCAUACACCUAUGUUGCGCGGGGCAACAAGCCGCCGCUCUACUUUAUCGACCUGAAUGCCACCUCGCCGGGGCUCGCCGAGCGCAUCGAGGAGGUGUUUGCGCGGCCCGGCAUCGGCGGUACCGGCGUCAGGUUUGUGGACGGCGCGAUACUGGGCGGCCCGCCAGAGUUUGUGCAGACGCCGGAGAACCCGGGGGGCGCGUGGAGGAAGCCGAGGAUUGUGGUGAGUGGGCCCGAGAGAUUGGUGGGCGAGGCCGGGCAGAGGUUGGAGGAGGCGCUGGGGCUGAAGUGGGUGGGGGACCGGGUGGGGCAGGCGAGUGGGCUGAAGAUGUGUUUUGCGUCGUUGACAAAGGGUCUCAAUGGUCUCGCCAUCCAAUCCUUCACCACCGCCGCCAACCUCUCCCUCCUCCCCGAGCUCAAAGAAGAAAUCUCCGCCUACUUCCCCCCGCUGCUCGACUUCCUCGAAAAGUCCGUCCCUGCCACGCCGCCUAAGGCCUACCGCUGCGUGCGCGAGAUGGAGGAGAUUGCCGACACGCACUCGCAGACCGGCUUCUCCCGCGCGGUGUUUUCCGGGAUCGCAGAGGUGUACCGUGGCGUUGCGCAGGAUGACGAGCUGGGCAAGGAGCGCUUCGACAGGAGGAGCAGGGGCACGACGGUCGAGGACUUUGCCGAGUGCAUUAGAGAGGGCCUGAGUAGGAAGGAGGAGGAAAAUAAUAGGGCGAAUGCGGCGGCGGCGGGGAAGGAGUGGAUGCAACAGCCGCCGGGGAGGGCGGUGGAGAGGAUGUUGGUGGAUUGA